CAGCAUUAGGCCUAACACAUUAACGGUAUCUAGAAAUUUAGCCGUUUACUUAGUAGUUUAGAAUAAGACCAAUAUAUAUGAAAUAUAUUCACGUCAUUUAUUCUCUCUUUGCUUUUAUUUCCUUUAAAGGCAUGAUGUUGAUCUAACAGCUAGCAAUUCUCGUACGUGAAUGAGAUUUCAAUCGAGCUUUUCAAAAUGGCGGACACUGAUGCGUGGGAUGCUGAUGAUUUCGAGCCAUCGCUUCCGCAAACCAAAAGUGUCACAGAUAGAUGGGAUGGUGAAGACGAAGAUGACGACGUCAAGGAAAGUUGGGCAGAUUCUGAGGAAGAAGAAAAGAAAGAGCAGGAUGGCAAAACAGUGUUAAAUUCAGAAAGCCAAGCCUACCAGCGCCCUAAAAAGAAACCUUUGGCAGAUAGAAUAGCAGAAAAGGAGGCUCAGAAGAAGAAAGAAGAAGAGGAAAAGGCUAGGUUAAAGGAAGAGAAAAAAGAUUUAACAGCAGAAGAAAAAUUAGCAGAAAAGAUUCGGUUAAAAAAGAUUCAAGAGCAGGGUGAUCUGAGCCUUGCCAAAGGCCUGUUUGGUGUGUCAGAAUCCAGCAUAGACAAAAUGAUUCCAACAACGGAGGAAGAAUUCAGGCAGUUUGGAGAGGCAUUGAAGUCCAAAAUAACUUUUUUUGAGGAAAGCAAGUUCUACUCUGCUUUUGCGGAAAAACUCAUCUCAGAUCUUGCAUUAGGCUUAAGUGUAGAUGAUGUGAAAAAACUUGGCACAAGCAUCAAUACCCUCUACCAUGAAAAAGAACGGCAAAGGAAAGAGCAAGAUAAGAAAAAGAAAAAGAAAUCAAAGGCAACUAUUAGGGUGGACAAACCGGAUGACUUUGAUCUUAUUGGUGAUGCAUCAGGUAACUAUGGGUACGAUGAUGAUGAUUUUAUAUAGCAGCCGAGCUCCGAGAGAGGGCGUUAACCCAGACACCUGCAUUAUCUUACUUGCAUCUUUUGCUGCCAUCACGCCUUAACUGCUGCUUCACCAUGCGGAGUGGCCCAGCAGGGGGAUUGUAGCCACCAUGCCCUCCUGAGUGUUGUUGAACAGUUGUGAUUGCUUUUUUGCUUCUGUAAAACUACAGAAAUAUCUUUGUUUGGAUGGCUGAUCUUUGGACAAUAUCUGCCCUGGAUAGAAGAGUGAUUAACUUGCUUACAGUGCACACAGGAUAGACAGUGGGCGAAUUCUUGUGGUUUUGAGGCACUUGCAUGCAUGGAGGAUGCUUCAAAAGACUUAAGUGGCAUGAAGUGAGCUGGGACAUUCCUCGUGAACUAUUAGUAGUGUUUCAGUCAUCUUAGGAUUUAAGUUGUUCAAGGAAGUAUAAUCUUUUGCAGUGAUUUGGGGUUGGGGGUUGUUGGGUAUUUGUAGUUCUGUUUGGUGCCUAGAAGUUGUUGAAUUAAAUUUUGUAUAUGCUUUAUAUGCAUUGCAGAAAAAUCUAUAGAUAAAUGUGACCAUGCGUCUUAGCAUGGUCAAAUUUUUUUGUUGCAAAUCACAGCAAAAAUGUAAAGUGAAUGCCAACAAUAGUCCUAGUUUUGCUCCGUGUACUUUUCUGGUGGGUGUCUCGUAAACCAAAUGGUCCUCCAACUGUUCUUGCCAUUUUAUCCAGCCAUAGAUUAUAAGAAUUGAUUUUCUGAGUAGGGUAUUCACUCUUGUACAGUUUUUAAUGACUACAUGACCUUGAGAAAACAGCAUUGACACAAGGUACAGCUGCUGCUUCAGCAGGAGUUUAUUUAAAAAAUGCAGUGAAACAAUCCUGUAAAUGUUUACAUAUGGUGGCAAAUAGGGAUGGGAUUGUAAGGAACUAGUUAAAUAUACCACUUGAGCUUUCUGUGCCCAAAUUCCACAGUUGCAUUAAUCGUAGAGUGUUUCACCCCAUUACUGGUGAAAACUUGUUUAAAAAAAAUAAAACAAUUUUGCUCUUGAA